AUGGACGAUGUCUUGUUGGGUAGAAACGCGGUGCGGCUCCCGUGCCAGUAUGACGCCACCAGCUUUCUGCAGUUGUGUCCGUCCAACGAGCAGUACCGCAUUCUCGCGAGUAUCUGCCGGAGUGAGAGCCAAUGCUCUUCGAAGCUGCAGCCGCAGCAUGAAACCGUCCCUGAUGUUUACUACGCUUCUCGCUUGAUCGCGUUCUCGACCGGCCGUGGACGGCGAGCGGGGGUGUUGGAGGUGCUCAGGGCCCAGCAGCAGCAGCAGGCGAGGGAGGAGGAGAGGCGGCUGAGGCUGGAGCGCCAGAGACAACAAGAGGAAGUAGAGGCUGAGCACAGGCAGCACGUUGAAGAGGAUGAAGCAAACCAGGGAGGCGAGCAGGAAGUGUACUACAACGAGGACGAGGAUUACUACUACGACGAUUAUGGCUAUUACGACGCUGAUGGGAACUAUUAUUACUUUGAAACGACAGGGGAUGAAGAGAAGGCCGAGGGGGCAGAAGCACCUCAAACGAGUGAGACAGGACACCGAGAAGGCGAACAAGAAGAAGAGCAACAACAACAACAGCAGCAGCAGCAGCAGGCGCCGCCACCGAUGCUGGCAGACGGGUGUGAAGAGGUGCAGGAUGAUGCAGAAGCAGAAGCUGAAGCGCUGUGGAGGAGCGAUGAUCCGUUUGACGAGGCUAGGCACAGCGCAGCUGGUGAUGGCGCAGGUGUGGCAGCACCAGAAGAAGAGGGAAAAGAGCCGACGUACGUGCGUGUCUUGCCGGGCGAAAGUCACUGGACUGACUCACCGUUUAUUGGUGGUGUGUUCACGCUUUCUCGUGCUGCACAACACCUCGAGGGCUCGCUUCCUCACGUGGACGCCUAUCUGCGCGACGGCGGCGCACUUCCUUCGCUACCUGUCAGUGUCGUGGACGGUUCCUGCGAAGCCUCAAAGGAAGACGUUGCCCUCUGUCCAAGCUCCAUCCACGUUCUUGCAAGUAGGCUCUCCCUGCACGUGGUGCAUGUCCCGCCGCCUCGCAGCAAGCAGGAGGUGGUCGAGGAGGUGGACGCGGUGGCGGCGCUGCUCAACCGCCCUGCACAGGCCUGCGUGCUUAUGUCCAUCCCGCUGCCGCACAGCUUCGGCAGCAGCUGCACAGCUUCUUACAGUAGCUUAGGCAACGGGUACGUGCUGCUUGAGAUCUACGCGGCGCCGGCACGCGCCACAGGUGAGCCGGAUGACGGUGUGACGCUCUCCAUGGUAUUUGGUAUUCCGCCCGACGCGUCCUUCCGCUCCGUGCCGCUGGCGUCCCGUCUUGUGCAGUGCUACGAGCGGCGUGUGCUACAGCACCUCGCUCAGUGCGGCUGCGUAGAGGAUGUAGCGCUUGUAAUGGAGUUGUGGGGCUCCAGCGGUGCUGCUGCUGCUGGUGGUGGUGGUGCCUAUGCGGAGGACUCGCAGAAGCCUCUGUUUAGCUACUCCGCGCUGCUGCUCAGCGAAGCGAGCGAUACGAUGAACGAUGCGGUAGGGGAGCUCGUGUACGACGCAGCUAGCAACUCGCUGCUGCAUUGCGGAGAGCGCGAGUACGCUGAGCGACUGGCACGGGAGCGUGAAGAGGCGUUCUACAUGGCACGCAACAUGGAGUCCCCGCAGCGGCGCUACGUGCGCGAGGCGGUUGAGGCGUUGCAGCUCGACGAGGCGCACGACCGUGUCACGCUGGACGCUGAGGCCAUGUCGAUGUAUCGGGUCGGCCACUUUCCUUCUUUUCCCACCGUGGCCUCCGUGGUGCUGCCGUUCCUGCAGGAGUGCGAAGCGGGUGCACUGCAGCUCCGCGAGGAUGAGCAGCGGCAAUGGGAACGGCUUUUCCGCCGCUUCGGCGAGCGCCGCCAGCAGCUUAUCGCCGAUGAGACGCGGCAUCGGUUGGAGGAUCAGUUCAGAUUUGAGCGCCGGCUACGUCUGCUGCAGUGCUCGGUCGGUUUUGACGUGCUCGUAGAGCGUGAGGCGGCCGCGCGUGCUGUUGUGGAGCGCGACGAAGCGUUCUCGCGUCACGGAGGUGAUCUGCUGGAGUGCUGCGUCGCCCUACUGGCCUGUAGGCGCGUAGAGGAGAUCGAACAGAGAGCGGUAGCGACAGUGGCCAACCCACUCGGGGAGGCGGAAGUGGAAACAAAGCGGCAACUCACGCACUUCACCGCCGUCUAUGCGUCUCCUGUAGCCGGGGACGCGCUGGUGCGCUCGCCGAGCCCCUUGGAGGAGUCGCCGCGGCACCAGCGCUCUUCCAUGCGCUCCACGCACUCGCUGACUACAGAAGAGUUCAUGCGCGUGGUUGCGGAUGGCUCCCGCAGCGCGCCCAGCCCGAGCCACUUAUAUGCCCCACGACGUGUUCACCUCCCCACAGUCUGA